AAUCUUCUUGCAGGAUGUGGUGGGAGGCGGAGGAGGAGUCUGAUGGCUGGGUCCUACCCUUCCUCCUCUUCAUCCUCCUCUUCAUCCUCCUCUAGAAACUAGCCUGCAGCUCUCCAGAACCAGGACUCCAGUGUUUGGAUGCAGGCGGAUCAGGACCGGGACUCCAGUGUUUGGAUGCAGGUGGAUCAGAACCAGCAGCAGACUGAAGAGAGAAACUCCUGAUUCGUUCCAGCAUGAAAGGAAGAGCGAUUCUUCUCUUCAGCCUCAUCAUAGCAGCGUGUUCCGCUGGCAUCACUGCUCAGACAACAGUGUGUGAAAAUGCCACCGUGGCUGACAUCGUCUUCCUGGUCGACGGCUCCUCCAGGAUCGGUAGUUUUAACUUUCAGUACAUCCGGUCUUUCCUUCGCGAUGUCAUCAAGUCCCUUGAUAUCGGCUCCAAAAAAGUUAGGAUCGGCGUGGCUCAGUACGGUGGAGAACCUCCCCUGGAGUUCCUGCUGAACGAUCACACAACCAGGAAAUCCUUGCUGACUGCUGUGGAAAAGAUUCCCUACCGAGAAGGAGGCAAGGAAAUCGGCAAGGCCAUCGACUACCUCCGGAUGACGUAUUUCACAGAGGAUGCGGGGAGCCGGCCUCAGAUCGUCGUGGUCAUCACAGAUGGAGACUCCUCGGACGAUGUGAUAGCACCCGCCAAGCGGCUGAAGGAACACGGAGUCCUUGUGUUUGGCGUCGGGGUGGGAGGAGCCAACCAGAAGGAGCUCGAAUCAAUCACCAACUUGCCUCCACAGCGCUUCCUGUCCUCCAUCGACAGCUACCAGGAUCUGGGUACUCUGAAAGACAAUCUGCUGAAAACGGUUUGUGAGACCAUGGAGGCACAGAGGCAAGCUUUGGCGAACAGGUUUGAAGAUAUUUUCUUCCUGGUGGAUAGUGGCAUAUCUCAAGAACAGCUCAACAUAUUUAAGAAUGACCUUGUCUACCUGAUCGAUGAACUUAACGUCUCAGCAUCCACCUAUCGUGUCGGUUUGGCCCAGUAUGGUCAAGAUACGCAGGUUGAAUUCCUUCUCAAUACUUAUCAAACUAAACAGAAAACCCAGAAUGCUGUCAAACGCUUCAGCCUGCGCCCACAACGCAACCAACCACGUAACCUGGGCAGUGCUCUGCAGUACGCCAACACACACUUUUUUACCCGUGAGGCGGGGAGCCGUGUGCACCAAGGCUUGCCACAGACCCUGGUCGUCGUGAGUGGAAAAAAGUCUGAUGAUUCGGUGUCAAGGGAAGCGCUAAAGGUCAGAUCAGCAGGGGUAACCGUUUAUGGGAUGAGUGCAGGUGCCUCAAUGGAGGACAUCGACUUAUUUGCCAGUCCUCGGUACGCAUUUGAUACUCCCAGAGUACUUCUUUUGAAGGAAUUCUUCUUGAAAAAAAAGGACAACGUUACUGAAGAUUGCAAAGGAGCCAAUGUGGCAGACAUCGUGUUCAUCGUUGAUGAGUCGGGAAGCAUUGGAACCCCAAACUUCCAGCUGGUGCUCACUUUCCUUCACUCGAUUGUGAGCGGCCUAGAUGUCAGUCCAUCUAAAGUCCAAGUGGGCAUCGUGAUGUAUAAUACCCAGGCCACGGCAAGGGCCUACCUCAACACCUUCAGUGACAAGGACUCAAUCCUCCAGUACAUCAAGAUCCUUCCUUACCAUGGAGGUGGUACGAACACGGGAGCUGCCUUAAACUUCACUCUGGACAAAAUCUUAACUGAGAAAAAAGGCAGCAGGAAAGAAAAGGGCGUCCAGCAGGUGGUGGUGGUGAUCACGGACGGGGAAUCCCAGGACAACGUGAGUGAAGCGGCACUCAAUCUCCGUCGGGCCAAUAUCACUGUUUACGCUGUAGGAAUCGGACAAGCCAACAAGGCCGAACUGAUGGUGAUGGCGUCUCACCCCCCCGAUAGGCAUGUUUUUACUGUGAACAAUUUCACCGAGCUGACGCCCCUGAAGCACAGCCUGCGGAAAAUCCUGUGUGAAAACCUCAUUAACCAAGCCAUCAAAGUCAAUACAAGAAGAACUGACGUCAAACAAGCAUGUGUACAAAAGAAUGAAGCAGACAUCUACUUCCUGAUGGACGACUCAGGAAGCAUUGAUAACACAGGCUUCCAAGAAAUGAAGGACUUCAUCAUCAAGUUUCUACAGACCUUCGAUAUUGGGUCAGAACAUGUCCGCGUGGGGCUUGUGAAAUACGCAGAUAAGCCAACUCCUGAAUUUGAGCUGACAACCCACUCAGAUGUCGAGACGUUGAAGAAAGCCGUCAAUGAUAUUAGCCACAAUGGAGGUGGGACAGAGACAGGAAAAGCGCUGGAAUUCAUGGGCCCACGCUUUGCAAUGGCCUCUCGUGAUUACAAAGUCCCAAAGUACCUGAUUGUCAUCACCGAUGGGGAAUCCACUGAUGAGGUCAAGGCUCCUGCAGAAAAGCUGAGAUCGCAAGAUAUCAUCAUCUACGCCAUCGGGGUGAAAGAGUCAAACGAAACUCAGCUGCUAGAGAUUGCCGGCGACCCCAAGAGGAAUAUCUCUGUCAAUAAUUUUGAAGCUUUGAAAUUCAUCAACAAUGACAUCAUCACAGACAUCUGUUCUGAAGACGCUUGCAGAGAUGUACAGGGCGACAUCUUUUUCUUAACUGACAGCUCUGAAAGCAUCUCUGAGGAAGACUUCCAGAAAAUGAAAAAGUUCAUGAAAUCUGUCAUCAGCAAGUUCCCCAUCGGGCAGAACAAGGUGCACGUCGGUGUCAUGCAGUUCAGCACCAAAUACAAACUGGAGUUACCCCUCAACAGCUCCAACAGCAUAGAUGACAUUUCGAACGCCAUCGAUAAAAUGCAGCAGAUGCGUGAAGGCACGGACACAGGAAAGGCCAUCACAGAGGUGUCGCAGUACUUCGAUGCAACCAGAGGAGGGCGUCCUGACCUGAGUCAGAGGCUGAUAGUGAUAACAGAUAGGCAGUCCAGAGAUGAGGUCAAAGGCCCUGCCGAGGCUCUGCGGGCCAAGGGAGUGGUGGUCUACGCCAUUGGAUUGGUGGAAGCCAAGACUAUCCAGCUGGUAGAGAUCAGCGGUUCAAAGGACCGUGUUUAUGCUGAGAAGGACUUUGAUGCGCUGAAGGACCUGGAGAGCCAGGUGGCCUUGGAUGUCUGCAAGAAAGAAUGUAAUAUAGAUCAAGCUGACAUUAUUUUCCUGGUGGACAGCUCUACAAGCAUAGAUUCAUCAGAAUAUGAAAGCAUGCGGAAGUUUAUGGAGUCAAUAGUGAACCAAACUACAGUUGGCGAGGACCGGACUCGUUUUGGGCUUAUUUCCUUCGCAGAUGAACCCCAGUAUCAUUUUACUCUAAACUCCUUUUACUCCAAACGAAGAGUUCUCACAGCAAUACCAAAUGCGAAGCCUUCAGGAGACCUUACCUACACAGGCAAGGCCUUGGAGUACUCGUUGCAGUUCUUUAACAUUGAAGCUGGCGGCCGAAAAGGACUCGAUGUGCCUCAGAUUCUCAUGGUGAUCACAGACGGGGGUGCCACCAACCCUUACAAUUUAAAGGAGCCAUCGGAUGCACUGCGAAGGAAUGGGGUCACCGUCGUCAGUAUCGGAGUGAAAAAAGCAGAAAGGAAUGAGCUGAUAAUCAUGGCUGGUAACGACACAUCCAAAGUUUUCCAAGUGGACAAUUUUGAGGGCCUAGAAACUCUCUACACCAAUGUGUCUUCUGCCCUCUGCAUUAAGCCAGCUUGCAAGAAGGCUGACCUGGUCUUCCUACUUGAUCGGUCUGGCAGCAUCAACUUAGACCAAUACAAACUCAUGAUAGACUUCACGAUAGACGUAGUGAACAGCUUUGAUGUAGGUGAAGAGUUUGUGCAUAUUGGACUUGCACAGUUCAGCGAAGAUCCUAAGGAUGAGUUUUACCUCAACAAGUACAUCAAGAAGGAGGAAUGCAUCUCACACAUCCGCAAUAUGGAAUACAAGGGUGGAAGCACCAACAUCGGAAGGGCCUUGAACCGCACUAAACAUUACUUUGAGGUGUCGCAGGGCAGCCGUACGGGGAUCCCCAAGAACCUGGUGUUGAUCUCAGAUGGGGAAUCUGAUGAUGAUGUGGAGGACACCGCUGACGUUCUCAGGGCUCUGGGGAUUGAGGUGUUCGCCAUCGGCGUUGGAGACGUUCACGUUCUGCAGCUCUUACAGAUCACCGGCACCCCGGAGAGACUCUUCAGUGUGGGGAACUUCAACGGCUUGGUAAAUAUCAAGCAAAAGGUGGUCAACACCAUGUGCGCCCACCCCCCCCCAGCCCCCCCAAGUGACUGCAGCAUUGAUAUCGCCAUGGGAUUCGAUGUUUCUGGAGCUCGUGGUGAGAUGCUGAUCAGCGGACACCCCAACCUCAAGACCUUCCUGCCAUGGAUCACUAAUUCCGUUUCUUCGCUAAAGAGCCUGUGCUGCGUCGGUCCUGCACCUGUCAGGACCAACAUCGCCUUCCGAGUGGUUGGUCGCGAUGGACGUUCCCGGGACGACUUCAAAUUUGAGGGCUACAGCGGGGACGUGGUGAACAAAGUCAUGACUUUGACUUUGACAGAGCCCACUUACUUCAACACCGCCCUGCUGAAAUCAUUCGGGGAGAAGUUCAAAACUGAGUCCAAAGCUAGGGUGAAGGUGCUGGUGAUCUUCUCAGACGGACUCGAUGACGACGUGAUGAAACUGAAACAGGAAUCAGAGCUGCUGCGACAGUCUGGAGUCAGCGCUCUAUUGACGGUGGCUCUGGAGGGUGUGCAUGACCCCGCCCAGCUGCAGAUGGUGGAGUUUGGUCGAGGAUUCGACUACAAGGUUCCUCUCAGCAUCGGCAUGCAGAGCGUCAGCAGCACCAUCCUCAAACUGAUUGACUCGGUGUCAGACAGGGAGUGCUGUAACGUGUGUAAAUGUUCAGGACAUGAAGGCGCCCCUGGCUCUCCAGGUCCCCCGGGGUCAAAGGGUCCGCCUGGAUCAAAGGGUCAGCUGGGAUUCCCCGGAGAGGAGGGAGGUGCUGGUGAACGAGGACCUGCUGGACCAGGUGGACCUCAGGGCAUCGAGGGCUGUUCUGGACCCAGAGGACACAAGGGCUACCGGGGAGUCUCAGGCAACAGGGGCGACGACGGAGACGACGCACUGGAGGGAGUCAACGGAGAGCAGGGACUGACUGGACCAGAUGGAGCUCGAGGAGACAGAGGAGACCCAGGAAACACAGGUAUCCCAGGUAUCAGAGGGGAGGCGGGGCUCAAAGGAGAACGAGGACUGAGAGGAGAUCCGGGUGAACCAGGAGCUGAUAAUACCAGCCCAGGAGCCAAAGGAGAGCCGGGGAACCCAGGUCUGCCGGGUUUAUCUGGACUCAACGGGGAGCCAGGAGACGAUGGAGGAACUGGAGACCCGGGUCUAGAUGGAAGAAGAGGAUUGUUCGGUGAGAAGGGUAUACCUGGAAUCCCGGGAGACCCAGGACUUCAGGGCAACCCAGGUGCUUCUGGUCCUCAGGGACGUAGAGGGAAGGUCGGUGAUCAUGGACCAAAAGGAGUGUCUGGUUUUCCUGGACCUCAGGGAGGACCAGGACCAGCUGGAGGCCCGGGAUUAGAAGGACGGCGUGGUGCUAACGGACAGAAGGGUCAACCAGGAGAGCCAGGUGUGAAGGGUGCUCCGGGUUCACUGGGACCUAGAGGGAUGCCGGGUCAGGACGGCAGAGAUGGGUAUGGAUCUCCAGCACCCAAAGGUGCCAAGGGAGAACCUGGUUUUCCUGGGUACCCUGGUCUACCGGGAGAGGACGGUCAGGGGGGAACUGAAGGAUACCCAGGACCUAAAGGGAACCGAGGCCGACCAGGGAACUCCGGCGGGCCAGGAGAAUCAGGCGGUCCUGGAGACCCGGGUCAUCAAGGACACCGGGGUCCCAGAGGUCCUCCUGGAGACAAAGGCAUGACUGAGUGUCAGCUGAUCACCUACAUCAGAGACAACUGUGUGUGUUACCACGGUGGAUCCGGGUGCCCGGCCUACCCCACUGAGCUGGUGUUUGGUCUGGACAUGUCGGCGGACGUGACCCCGGUGGCCUUCGAGAGGCAGCGCUCCGCCCUCCUCACCCUGCUGGAGGACAUCACCAUCUCUGAAAACAACUGUCCGACGGGCGCUCGCGUGGCGGUGGUGGGUUACAGCGCCUACACCAAGUACCUGAUCCGCUUCGAGGACUACCGCCGCAAGGCACAGCUGAUCGAGUCUGUGAAGAACAUCGCCCUGGAGAAGACGUCCAACCGGCGCCAGCUGGGGGCCGCCAUGCGCUUCGUGGGUCAGAACGUCUUCAAGCGAAUCCGAUCGGGAUUGAUGAUGAGGAAGGUGGCGGUUUUCUUCUCCUAUGAGCCGCGACAGGAUGUUGACAUCGUCACCGCCAUGAUGGAGUACCGCGGCCUCAACAUCGUCCCGGUGGUCAUCUCGCUGAGGAGCGCCCCUGCUAUUGGUCGAGCGUUGGAGGUGGACGACUCAGGACGCUCCAUGUUCAUGGUGCUGGGGAGGAACAUGACUGCUGAGCUGAAGAAGGUCCAGAACUGUGCUAUCUGCUACGACCCCUGCAGACGUUUGGAUCAGUGCGCCUUCAUCCAGAACCCGGCAAAGCCUCAGGAGGUUGACGUUGACCUGGUCAUGGUGGUGGACAGCUCCAGGGAGAUGCAGGCUGACGAGUUCGCCGGCGUCCAGCAGCUGCUGGGCUCUGUGGUGGACCAGCUGGCGGUGAGCCCACAGCCCCGCAGGGCCGGCAACCAGGCCCGGGUGGCCCUAGUCCAGCAGAGCGGCACCCAGGUCACCAAGGCGGAGUUUGGCCUUGGGACCUACCAGAACAGCAACCUGAUGAGGAGACACCUGACCCGGAACAUGACGCUGCAGGGUGGCUCGUCGGCGCUGGGACAGACGCUGGAGUUCACCCUGAAGGAGGUUCUCCUGAAGGCGAGCCAGCCCCGGAAGAGGAGAGCUCUGCUGACCGUGGUGGGCACCCAGACGGCUUACGAGGACCAAGCCAAGCUGCGCUACAUCUCCCAGAAGGCCAAGUGUGAGGGGGUGGCGCUGUUCGUGGUAACGGUCGGCGAGCGCUAUGACCGGACGCAGGUGGAGGAGCUGGCCAGUCUGCCCAUCCAGCAGCACCUGAUCCACAUGGGCCGACUGAAGGCCGACGAGCAGGGCUACACCCAGCGCUUCUUCAGAGUCUUCCUCUCCGCUCUCGCCAAGGGAAUGAACCCGUAUCCUCCUCCUUCAAUAAAGCAGACCUGUGACCAGCUGACAGAACCUGACGAUGCUGAAAUAUUCAAUUUUCAGGACGGGGGUCAGGGGUCGGCGAACCAGCAGGACGAGGCCCUGGAGGAGCAGGAGGAGGAGUUUAGAGAACAGACGGGAGGACGGACUCAGUCCAGACAGCUGGAUGUCUUCAACAGUGUGACCAUAGGAGACGGACAGAGUUUCCUCUCAGCAGAUCACCUCCACGAUCCAGACAUCCUGAUGAAGCCGAGCGUCUUCGUCUCUACAGACGCCUGUCUCCUCAGCCAGGACGCCGGCAGCUGCCACAACUACUCCCUCAUGUGGUUCUACGACAGCGAGCAGGGGAGGUGCUCCCGCUUCUGGUACGGAGGCUGCGGCGGCAACGGAAACCGCUUCCACACUCACAAAGACUGUGAGAAGCUCUGUCUGACGAAGAGUCAGUUAGGAGCAGGAGGAGGAGGAGGAGCAGGAGGAGGAGAAAGAGGAGCAGCACCAGGAGGAGGAGCAGCAGGAAGAGGAGGAAGAGGAGCAGCAGGAGGAGAAAGAGGAGCAGCACCAGGAGAAGGAGCAGCAGGAGGAGGA